AGUUUGAAUGUCGAAUUUACUCUAAAUAAUUGAAUUUCAUUGAAUUGGUCAAAAAUGUUGGUGAUGUGGCGAAUCGUAGUCAAUAGCAUGUUUGAGAAGGAGGAAAGCAUCCACAAAGCGUAUCAUCAACCAAGAGCUGAUAUUUUUGUCCCGCAGCAACGCAUGUUUGUAUAAAAAUGGCGAACACACAACAACCAGCAGGCAACAAAGGACGAGUUCAAGUGAUUAGAUCAUCACUUCCGUAUCAGGUUCUCCUCUACUUAAAUGGAUGGUACUUCGGAUUUUUCUUUGUAUGCGAGAUAUUAAUUUUCAUUUUCAAAGGUGAAACUCUUCCGUAUGCAGAUAAUGUUUUACUUGCCGAGGUGAUUCUGCUCUUUGUUCUAGCAGCAAUUGAAGCAAUGAGGAUAUUUUUUGCUCAGAAAGGAAACCUGACAGAAAGAAUCGUGGGGGUUGUGGUUUCCAUCAUGCUCAGUGUGCCGGCCAUUCUUGGGGCGUUGUUCCUUUUACUGUGGCAGACGUACGUCCUCAAAGUCGACGUCAUCCUAGCUGCGAUACAGCUGGCAUUCACAGGACUCGAACUUAUCAUGGCCAUUGUCUCCAUUAUCAACUUUGCACGAGCUACGCCAUACUGAGAAGACAGUUUCAUCAUCAUUAGGACUAUUAGAAAGACAUCGCCAAGACUGUUAAAUGCCAUUCUGUACAUCUUAACAGCUGGUGUUAGGAAGACAAUGGCCAUAUCUCUUGUGAAGUAAAGGAUUUUUGAUGGUCUUCAGAUUAGUGCUGGCGUUAUAUAUUUUCAUAGAAUAACUUCGUCUCAAUUAAGGUGCCACGAAAGAGUGUGGAAGGUACAGGAGGCAACAUUCCACAGACAGAAACACAAGUUAUUCCUUCAGUCUGUGCGAUGGGACUGGCUUCAUUUUAUGUCAUUGCAAGCCUUUAAAUUGGUGAUACUCAGAGUAUGUAAGGUAGAAUUCAGUUUCUGGUCCCAGCAUAUUCCCUUGUCAAGUCGUACAGCCUAGUAUGAAUGUAUUGUAGGAAUGUUUUUAGUUUGGGGACCAGUUUAUGAUGAACACUACAAAUACACAACCCAGGUGUAAGACAGUAACUAUUUUGUGAUUCCUUGAUAGCUGAUGCGUUCCUUGAAUAUACUGAUAAUUUCAAAUUUUGGAAUAUGUAAAUGUCAAACAUCCUCAUUUUAAAAGUUUAAAAGAAAAAGUCAUUUAAUGUUUUGUAAUAUUGAAAAUCUCAUUGCAAGAUUGAUGACGGAUCAUGGUUGAGGGGAGGUAACUAUUGUAACACAUUAAAACUGGAAAUUUCCCUUAUGCCCGCAUUUUUUAAUGAAUCUCCAGAAGUUCCCUAUACUUUCCAUUGAAAAACUUGUACAAAAACUGAUGAUAAAUUAUGAAAGAUGAAUCUUUCACUGCAGCAAUUGUUUAUGAAUGAUAUAUUGUUAAUUAUUAUAUAAUGUAAUACAUUGUAUAGAAUGAAAUGAUGUUAAAAUAAAUAUUUA